ACUAUACAACCAGUAUGAUUUAGGUCCUGCUGUGUUCACAUCUAAUACCUGAUUAUGUACAUAUGCAACAUAGAUACAGUUUUUGAAAAAAAAAGCACAGGCUGGUCCAACUGGUCUGACGAGAGAAGAGAAAAAGGGAGGAGGAGUGUUCAGAUGAGUGCUGUGUUACAAAUAGAAAACAACAUAUGAGAGGAAAGCUGCAAACAGAGGAGGAGAGCAGAGGUGCAGAGAGGCCGAAAGACUUCCAGAGUAAAGCUUCAAGUUGUUUUAGUAAUGAAGUUUGGUGAAGUUUUCACUGUGCUGAGGAUUAUUCUGCCGGUGAGAUCAUCUCUGACAACGUGAUCCGACCCUCAUUUACCUCAGCAGCUCCUAUUGGGAAACUGCAAACCAGACUUUAGCAGCCUGACAGCCUCAAACAUCAUCCCUCCAGCAUGAGCGAUGACAGGGAGAGGCACAGCCACGGAGCCAGGCAGGCCCAAAACGUCAAACCCAAACCCAGCCAGAGGGAGAGGAACAGCAAGGAGGACAUGUGGAGGAGCGAGAAAGCAAAAGUGAGGAGAUCAAGGAGCACCGACUCGGAGAGGGCGGAAAGAGGCAGGAGGAGAGAACGAGACAGGCACCAGGGAGAGAGGAGGCAGCGGGGGAGAAGCGAGGAGGCCCGGAGAGGAGACAGGAAAGAUGGAGACAGCCACAGGAGGAAGGUGAAGCCCCCUGAGGACGAUGUGGAGGAAACCGAGUGCGCCGUGUGCUUCUGCUCGUACGAUAACAUCUUCAAGACCCCAAAGCUGCUGGCGUGCGGGCACACCUUCUGCCUGGAGUGCCUCGCUCGCAUCAACGUGACCUCCCCCGAGCUCAAGACCCUGUGCUGCCCCGUGUGUCGCGAGCUGACCGAGCUCCCCCACGGCCAGGACCUGCCUCGCCUCGGCAACAACGAGGACAUCAUUGGCAAACUCCCGCCGGACAUGCAGAGGGCACUGUCCAUCCGCUUCAAGCGCAGCAAGGGCAAGCUGCUCCUGAAGAACCCUCCUCCCAGCAGCCCCACCAAGUCCAACAUCCUCAGCCUGCCCAACAAGAGCCAGGAAGCCCAGAUGACGGCAGGCGGCGAGCUCCAUCUGGGCGCACUGGAGCAGGGGAUCCCUCCAACCACCGUGGUGGACGUAGGCAGGCCUCCAAACAGGGUCAGAGGUCGCCUGCGCAGGUUGUUCCGCUCGGACCAGUGCUACUACGCGGUGGUGGCGUCCAUCAUCACCAUCACUGUGGCGCUCAUGCUGGUGGGGAUUCUGGCUUUUGUGAUUAUACCCAAUGUGGUCGUUCAUAGGCGGCCUGGCGAUCCAGCGAACCAUACGUCUCCAGAUGCUCUCACUCCACAUGCUGGACCCUGAGGGGGGACAGGACUGGACGGUUUGUAGAGAUGAGACCAAAAAUGCCUCCUUUUGUCCUCUUGGUGAAGGAAAAACUAAGCACUGGGUCACAUUCAGGCACUGAAGUGCAGGAAGGAAGGAAAACAAGAGCAGCAACUUUUUUUUCUUUGAAUCCCGAGCGAAUCAGAGUGAUUUCUUUCAAAA